CACAGAAGCUCAUCUGUUGGGAAGUCGAGAGGAGAACUAACUGAAAACCCGGAGCCAAGUAGAGACUUUUCUAUUUAGCCCCCCUUAUAAGUCAACCGUCCAUAGGAGAAAGGGGUCGCAACUUGUUUAACGUCGUUUGUUUUUCUCUUUAAAAUAAAGAAAGUAGCUAACGGUAGCUCAGUUAGCUAUAUUUAAGGGACACUAUUUGGUCUCGCUUCACAAAUAAGGAUAAGGCAGGUUGCUGCUGGCAGGCUUUCUCAAGUAGCUUUUUCCUCGGCUAACCUGCUAACCUUAGUUUGCGAGAAGAAAAGGAGGCAAGAAAAUGGAGUUGGACGAUGGAGUACUCUACCAGGACGACUCUGGUAGUUCGGCGAUGAUGUCCGAACGGGUGUCGGGUCUGGCGAGCUCCAUUUACCGGGAGUUUGAACGGUUGAUCGGUCAGUACGACGAGAACGUUGUGAAAGAACUCAUGCCGCUCGUCGUCGCGGUGUUGGAGAACUUGGACGCGGUGUUCGCGGAGAACCAGGAGCACGAAGUCGAGUUGGAGCUCCUAAAAGAAGACAACGAACAACUUGUUACCCAGUAUGAACGGGAGAAAUCGCUCAGAAAAUCUGCAGAAGAGAGGUACAUGGUGUUUGAGGACAGUCAGGAGACGGAGAAGAAGGACCUUCAGAGUCGACUGGUCCUGCUGGAGUCACAAACACGUCAAAUGGAGCUCAAGACCAGGAACUACUCGGACCAGAUUGGCAGAUUGGAGGAACGAGAAGCCGAGCUGAAGAAAGAGUACCAUGCCCUCCACCAGAGACACACAGAGAUGAUCCACAGCUACAUGGAACACUUGGAACGUGCCAAACACCAGCAGCACACGGCGGUGCAGGAGGCGCCUACAGACACAAGCACAAGCAGAUCACGGAAGGAGCGUCCCAUCUCAAUGGGGUUAUUCCCAUUACCAGGAUAUGAUUUGACCAGUGACUCGCAGAGGGAAGCUGUUGAAACACCGUCUGAAGCCUGGAGAUGUAAGGACCUGAGCCACCCUCGCUCCAACACCAGCCUCAAGUUGGGGGCACCAGACUUCCAGAGCAGAGGGCAGAGGCUUUCGGCCAAUCAGCAGGCUGAACAGAACCAGGAUGAGAUGUCUAAUGCGAACCGUGGAGGCUCCAAGUCCAACAUGCCCAUGUCUCCUAAAGGGGGCUCCAAGUCGGGGACUUCAUUUGGGGCUCCCGCUCAAGGAGGUUCCAAAAUGUCCUCACAACAAGGUGGCUCUAAAUCAGGCACCCCCAUGUCAUCUCAAGGAGGGGACUCAAAGUCACUUACCCCAUUGUCCACGCAAAACGGUGGCCCUAAUUUGGUCAUUCCACUGUCUUCUCAAGGGGGCGGGUCUAUUUCGGCCAGUCCCAUGUCUACUUCCGAGUCUGACGUUGCCAUGGUAUCGGUGAGCACGCCACUCCAGGAAGAGUUUGAGAAAGUGGGCAAGGGUCUGAACAGGAACCUGGACAGAAGCAACAGGAAGCCAGAGAACAUCAGCAGUAAGAACACCACAGUACCAGAGGGUCAGGAGGGUCCAGAAAGACAGAACUUAGAACUGAGAGGAGGGUCAGGACCUCGCACAGCUGAUGAUAACAGUGAGUCGUUGGAGGUGCAGGCCAUCAUAGAGUCCACUCCUGAACUGGACAUGGACCUUAGCGGCUACAGAGACGCCAGUACUCCUACUAAAGGAGUAGGAAUAGAAAACAUGGCGUUCGACAGGAAUACUGAGUCUCUGUUUGCGGAGCUGUCCUCUGCAGGACCUGACAUGGAAAUAGAUAUAGCAGACAUGGACGAGGGGGCUGACCUGCUGGGUAUGGGCCGUGAAGUGGAGCAUCUCAUCCACGAGAACACUCAGCUGCUGGAGACCAAAAAUGCAUUGAACAUGGUGAAGAAUGACCUGAUGGCGCGUGUGGAUGAGCUGUCGUGUGAGAAGGAGGUGCUGCAGGGAGAGCUGGAGGCUGUGACUCAGGCCAAGACCAGACUGGAGGAGAAGAGCAAGGAACUGGAGGAAGAACUCAAGAAGGUUCGGGCUGAGGCGGAGGAGGCCAAAACAAAGACUAAGAGCGAGAACAAUGAGGAAGAUGCAGAUGUUCCCACGGCCCAGAGGAAGAGGUUCACCAGGGUAGAGAUGGCCAGAGUCCUGAUGGAGAGGAACCAGUACAAGGAGAGACUGAUGGAGCUACAGGAAGCUGUACGAUGGACAGAGAUGAUACGAGCAUCGAGAGAGAAUCCAGCCACCGCAGACAAGAAGAAAUCCAGCAUCUGGCAGUUUGUUUUCAGUCGGUUGUUCAGUUCGAGUGGAGGAGCGGCUAAGAAGCCUGCGGAGGCUGCGCCAGUGAAUGUGAAGUACAACGCCCCCUCCUCCCAGGUCCAGCCCUCUGUGAAGAAGAGGAGCGCAGCUCUGCAACAGCUACCCAGCGACAAGAGCAAGGCUUUCGACUUCCUCAAUGAGGAGUCUGAGUCAGGCAACAUGGUGUCUCGCAGGGAGCAGAAGAGAGCCCAGUACAGACAGGUGAAAGCCCACGUUCACAAGGAGGACGACGGCAGGGUACAGGCCUACGGGUGGAGCCUGCCCCAGAAAUUCAAGGUGGCCAAUGGUGGUCAGACGUUAGAGAACAAGAUGAAGAAUCUACCUGUACCUGUCUACCUCCGACCACUGGAUGAGAAAGAUGCUACCAUGAAGUUGUGGUGUGCUGCAGGUGUGAACCUGUCGGGGGGUAAGACCCGUGACGGCGGGUCUAUAGUAGGUGCCAGUGUGUUCUACAGUGACCUGACCAGCCCUGGUCCUGAGAGUCCUCUCAGGAAGACAGGAUCACAGAGCAGUCUGGACAAACUGGACCAGGACCUAAAGGAGCAGGAGAAGGAGCUGCUCCACCAGGAGGAGCUGUCCUCUCUUGUGUGGAUCUGUACCAGUACUCAGGCCACCACUAAGGUCAUUGUCAUCGAUGCCAACCAGCCUGGGAAUGUCCUGGAGAAUUUCUUUGUCUGCAACUCCCAUGUCCUCUGCAUCGCCAGUGUGCCAGGUGCCAGAGAGACAGACUAUCCGGCAGGGGAGGAGGUGCCCCAUGACGCAGGGUCGGGUGCUGAGGGCGGGACUCUGCAAGCCAGCACAACCAGUAUUUGCUCAAUGGGUGAAGCUGGAGUGCUGGCAGGGAUCAAUGUGGUUGGCUGCUCUACAGAGGGGGCAGUGGCUACCCCCCAGACAGCAGGAGCAGAGAAUGACACCGACACCGACACAGACGCCAAGGCUGCAGAGGAGGCUACUGAAGCUACAGAGGCCAGUGCUGGUCCUGCAGGCCCGGAGCAUGACUUAAGUCAGAGGGGAGUCUACACUGAACAUGUCUUCACUGACCCUCUGGGAGUACAGAGCACUAGUCCUGGGGAGACGCCAGCCAACUACACACAGAGGGAGUCUGAUCUGGUAAAGGAUGGUGUUAGCUCCAACCCUAACCCAGAGGAACAGGACCUGAUGAGAGAAGAAGCCCAGAAGAUGAGCAGUGUUUUACCCACCAUGUGGCUUGGGGCACAGAACGGAUGUGUGUACGUGCACUCGUCAGUGGCCCAGUGGAGGAAGUGUCUCCACUCUAUAAAGCUGAAGGACUCGGUCCUGGGCAUCGUCCAUGUGAAGGGGAGAGUGUUGGUGUCUCUGGCUGAUGGAACACUGGCUAUCUUCCACAGAGGAGUGGAUGGUCAGUGGGACCUGACUAACUACCACCUACUAGACCUGGGCAGACCCCACCACUCUGUCCGCUGUAUGACCGUGGUUCACGACAAGGUCUGGUGUGGCUACAGGAACAAGAUCUACGUGGUCCAGCCCAAAGCCAUGAAGAUAGAGAAGUCGUUUGAUGCCCACCCCCGUAAAGAGAGCCAGGUGAGACAGCUGGCGGGGGAAGGAGAUGGUGUCUGGGUGUCCAUCCGACUGGACUCUACUCUGAGACUGUUCCAUUCCCACACACACCAACACCUGCAGGACGUUGACAUAGAGCCCUACGUCAGCAAGAUGCUGGGUACGGGGAAGCUGGGCUUCUCCUUUGUCAGGAUCACAGCUCUCACGGUGUCCUGUAACCGUCUUUGGGUCGGCACUGGCAAUGGAGUCAUCAUCUCUAUACCUCUCACUGACACCGAUAAGGUGAUGGCAGGACCAGGUAAACCUGGCGGAGUGAUCCGUGUGUAUGGUGAUGAGACCAGUGACAAGGUGACGGCUGGAACCUUCGUACCCUUCUGCUCCAUGGCGCACGCUCAGCUCUGUUUCCAUGGUCACCGAGACGCAGUCAAGUUCUUCACCGCUGUCCCAGGUCAUGUGAUCCCGUCAGGUGCAGGCGGAGCAGCAGAGGCUGGGGGUGACAACGGGGCAGAGGAACACCCUCAAAAGCAGUUUGGCAAGUCUGUUCUGGUGAUGAGUGGAGGAGAGGGAUACAUCGACUUCAGGAUGGGUGAUGAGACUGAAGAGCCACUGGACGAGCCCACUCUGAAGCUGCAGCCGUUCCUGGCCAAAGCUGAGAGGAGUCACCUGAUCGUCUGGCAGGUCAUGGACAGCCAGGACUGAACUGUAACCUCUGACCAUGCCACGGCGAUGAGGAGCCUAUUUAAAGCAGGAACAAGCUGUCCAUUCAGAUUCACUCUUUUGCAUGUUUAUUUUAGUUUAUUUAUUUUCUUCUAAUUUUGGUUUUGUAUCUUUGUUUUGUUUUAUGUUUUUUAAAAUUAAAUGUUUUAUUUUACUUAUUGUAUUUUAAAUCUGAUACAAGCCCGUCACGCUUCUAUUAUUAUUAUUAUUAUUAUUACCGGUAUUACUACUAGAAUGAUUAUUAGUGAAAACAAAAAAAAUGGUGAUUUAAUUUUCUUAGAUCAUAUUUUGCACCUGGUUUUCUAUUGGAUGCUUAGGGUCCAACCCCUCUGUCCAAAUACUGUUUGGUGAUUGGUGGAAUCAAUGCAGGGUCAGGGUGUUUCUUUGGCCUCCCCUCUGUGCUUUCUUUCAGAUAGACGGAGAGGAGACAAUAGUGUAUAAGAGACCUGCUCACAGGAGAAUAAUGAUGGUUUAUUGGUUAUGAUGUGUUUUGAAAUGCAAAACCAAAUCAACCCCAUGAUGUCUCACAUCGUCCAAUAAGAAAGAAGGGAUUACAGGACAAUCCAGCAAGUGAGCCAAUCUUUUGUGUCCUGAAUGACACAGGCGUGCUCUUCUUGCGUGAAAGAUUUAAUUUUGUGAGAACAUGGCUCUUGAUUGUAUGAAAGACCGUUUUUAAUCAAUUGUAAGAGUUUUCUGGACCUGGGAUCAGUGUUGUCCUCCAUGACUGGGCUUAUAUUUAGGCUAACCUAAUAGGUCUCUGAUCAAUCAUGUCCGUAGCUGCUGGGGCAGAGAAUCUCUUUGUUUCAAUACUUUGGAAAUGCCCCUUUUCUUUCUAGGGGUAAUGAUUGACAGGAUUUACAUAGGAUGGAUACAUAUAGAUGAAUAAUUUAUUACCUCACGGAAGGAAGGCAGUGUUGCAUUGCAAGAGUGUUGGAACAGGGCUUCCGUCUUUAGUUUCUGGGCCGUUGCUCUCCCACCUUCCCUCCCUCCCACCAGCUAGAGCUUGCAGACACUUUACGAAAAUCAACGGCUGCCUUAUGUUUGAGAGUUGAGAAAAAAUAUGUUAAACUACAUUAUGGACUUUAAGUGUGACAGAUUUAUUUAUUCCUAUGUGAAAGAAUGUUACAUGGCCGGUUACCAAAUAAAGUAAAUGUGUGGCCUUGUAGCUGCAUGUUCAGCCCCGUCUCUCUGUAAAUACAAUAACAUUUUGCCAGACCGUCUUUGUUAAAAGGAUCAUGGGGUAUAGAAUAGAGAUAUUUUUAAGCUGUCAUCUCUGCAAAUAAACUAAGAGCACUCUCCGAGAACAGAGAUGUUGGUGUAUAAUAGCCGGCGUCUCCGCUUCUGGAGUCUUUUGUACGCUGAGAGUAGACGUUACCCAUAUAGGCACAGAUCUAGGAUCAGUUUAUCUUCUCUAAAUCCCAACAUGAAACAUUAAGGGGAACAACUCAACACUGACCUUAGAUCAGCGUCUAGGAACAACUUCUUUCUUCUACCUUAUGUACACUAGAGGGCAGGGUGGCACCCCCAUAGGUUGCUAUGAUACUGACGUUUUCAGACUCGAAGCCUAUUUUUUUAUUAACUUUUUGUACAUUUAGUCUUUUUAGACUCUGGUUGCAUCUAAAAUGACACAUUGAUUCCCCGUCUAGUACACUAUUUUGGCCAGGCUAGUUGAAAAGUAGUGCACUAGAAAGGGGGUAAGGUUUCACGUGUCUCUGGUCUGUGCAUCAACAGAUUUAGCUGGUGUCUGUCCUGAAGGGUGAAAGUGUGUUUCUUUCCAGAAGACCCCUCAUAUUGCAGUUCAGCCAUUUCAGUAUUUAUUUCUAUGAAAGAGCCUUUGUAGUUCAGAAUGUAACUUUGUACAAAAUGAGAAAUCACCAUAUAUGUGAGCAAACGACUUGAAUCGUUCUUAUAUAGCAAAAUUUGAAAUUGUGUUUUUUACAUUAGAUAUUAUUUUGACAAUGAUUGUUAUUGGAAUGGUCAAUACAUGAGUGGGUGAAUUAGAGAGAGAAACUACUGAGCUAUGCACUACAUCCACAGGGGAAGGUUGCGUGUUCUGGGUAGGAGUUGUCAUUGGGCAGUGAUCUAGGAACAGCUUAUCCUUACAAAAUCCUUCAUUACGGUUAAGGUGAAAGGUGUAAAACAUCAGUGCCUAAGAUCAGCUUCUUCCUACUCUGUGACCUGUUCAUUAACCUCCAGGUUAGUCGUGUGUGUGUGUCCCAGCAAAACUGUUGUGUUGUUGUGAUGCAUCACCUAUGUACUGAUACAGCGUCUCAGCCUUAUUCUUUUAGCAUUCAAUUAAACUGACUUUUUUUGGGGGGGAAA